UGUGGCUUGUAAACAGGAACAAACAAAGCGUGGAAGAAUUGUCUAUAUUUGACUCUUGUUCAGUUCCGAGACACCGCAGGCCACCACGUUCAUGAUGAUCAUAUCGCAAGCUGUCGCAUCUCUCGAGAUCUCUGGUUGAGUCAGCGAAAGAGGCAAUAUCUCAUGAUGGGCUUUUCAUAUCUGCCAAAUGACCACGGAUCUUCCCUAGGCUUCACGCUUGUCUAUCUUUGGUGUCUCAGUUACUCACUUCUCCGCCCGAGCUGCCCUAUUGACUCGGAUUCAUCCCGUUUACCGCCACAGCGUUUAGGGCUCGAAGUACGUGUUCGAUUAGGAAGGGUGGCCACGUUGCGCAAUCAGGAUACAAAGAGACAUUCUCGUAAUUACUACGAUAGUCUAGCGUUCUGCAUGUACUCUUGUCCUGGCGUGCUGAUUACGAAUUAUCGGCUAUCUUUGGAUUAAACGCAAACCUGAGAUUUAGAUUACAACGUCAGCAUGUCAAGUGUUACCCCAUGUUCUC